AUGGCGAGCACGGCCGCAGUUCUGACCUGGGCUCUGACGCUCCUCUCAGCGUUUUCACCCACCCAGGCAUGGAAAGGCUUCUGGGAGGACUUCAGUCAGAGCAGUAGGGACAAAGGCAGGGUGGAGCAGACCCAGCAGCAAAAGCUGGCGCGGGAGUCCACGAACCUGAAAGACAGCCUCGAGCAAAACCUCAGCAAUAUGGACAAGUUCCUGGAGAAGCUGGGCCCUCUGAGUGGGCAGGGGAGGGAGCCUCCCAGGCCCCCACCCGACUCGGAGGGACUGCGGCAGCAGCUGCAGGAGGAGCUGGAGGAGGUGAGGGCGCGCCUGGAGCCCUACAUGGCCGAGGCGCACCGGCGCGUGGGCUGGACCCUGGAGGGGCUGCGGCAGCAGCUGAAGCCCUACGCCACCGACCUGAUGGAGCAGGUGGUGCUGCGCGUGCAGGAGCUGCAGGAGCAGCUGCGCGUGGUGGGAGAGGACACAAGGGCGCAGCUGCUGGGGGGCAUGGACGAGGCGCGGGGCCUGCUGCGGGAGCUGCAGGACCGCAUAGUGCACCACACCGGCCGCGUCAAGGCGCUGUUCCACCCGCACGCGGAGCGCCUGGUGGCGGGCAUCGGGCACCACGUGCAGGAGCUGCACCGCAGCGUGGCGCCGCACGCCGUCGCCAGCCCCGCGCGCCUCAGCCGCUGCGUGCACAUGCUUUCGCACAAGCUCACGCUCAAGGCCAGGGCCCUGCACGCGGGCAUCCAACAGAACUUGGACCACCUGCGGGAAGAGCUCAGCGCCUUCGCCCGCUCCCGCGCGGCCAGCGCGGAGGAAGGGGCCGACACGGACCCCCAGGUGCUGUCCCAGGAGGUGCGCCAGCGACUCCAGGCCUUUCGCCACGACACCUUUCUGCAGAUCGCCGCCUUCACGCGCGCCAUUGACCAGGAGACCGAAGAGGUCCAGCAGCAGCUGGCGCCGCCGCCGCCCAGCCACAGCGCCUUCGCCCCCGAGCUCCUCCAGGCGGACAGCGGCAAGGCCCGCAGCAAGCUGCAGACCCGCCUCGACGACCUGUGGGAAGACAUAAACCACAGCCUUCGGGACCACGAUCCCGCCGUCUAG